AUGGAUGAGCAUACUGUGGAGAACGUGAAUCAACUGCCAAAACUUGAGGUAGUUGAUUCUUCUGGAAAGAAGCCAGAGAUGGUAGGGUCCUCGUCGUCCAUGGUGGCAGAUAAUGAUAGAGUGGUCGUGGUGGUGGAAAAUGAGGAGGACGAGCAAGCGCCUCUAAUUGGGAUGGGUGAGUGCCGUAUUUGCCAAGAAGAGGAUUCUUUCAGCAACUUGGAGAGUCCUUGUGCUUGCAGUGGGAGUCUUAAGUAUGCCCACAGAAAAUGUGUGCAGCACUGGUGUAAUGAAAAGGGAGACAUAACCUGUGAGAUCUGCCAUCAGCAAUAUCAGCCUGGUUACACUGCGAUUCCACGUCCUCCUCCUGAUGAGACUACUAUUGAUAUCGGGGGAGUAUGGCAAAUUUCUGGGACCCCACUGGACAUGCACGAUCCUCGUCUUCUUGCAAUCGCCGAGGCCGAACGUCAGUUGUUUGAAGCUGACUAUGAUGAUUAUAAUGGCACUAAUGCUAGUGGUGCUGCCUUCUGCCGCUCGGCUGCCCUAAUCUUAAUGGCUCUUUUAUUACUGAGGCAUGCACUUUCCAUCACUGAUGAUGGAGAUGGUGAUGGAGAUGACGACGCAUCGGCAUUCCUGUCUCUGUUCUUGCUUCGUGCGGUCGGAUUCCUUUUGCCUUGCUACAUCAUGAUCUGGGCCAUCAGUAUCUUGCAACGCAGGAGACAAAGACAGGAGGCUGCAGCUUUAGCUGCAACACAGUUUGCAAUCGUCGUCCAAUCUGCUCAAAGCAGAGGCAUACUUGUGGCCGAUGCCCAGGCUGAGGUACCUUUGACGGCACCCUCUCAUUCGGAGCAUGUUUGA